AUGCAGGCAAUGCGCGACCAGGAGGAGUGGGUUCGAGGGCACCCCCUGCCCGACACACCCGAGCAACAGCCUGCAAAGUUGUAUCACACAGAGCCCGCUUUCGUGCCUGGCUUCGAGGCAGAUGGCAAUACCUUCCGACAAGACCAAAAGCCGGCAGAGGUCGAGUCGGGACCAGGCUGGCACAUUGAGAACGACGUUGUCGUGUUCGACGCUCCGGCAAAUGCGGGCCUCAUCGAAUCCAAUGCUGGCUCAACAGCCGAGAGCAAGGAGGAGGCAUCGCUGCCCGAGAUUCGGCAAGAGAUUGAAAUUGCAACCCCAGAUCACAAGGACACUUUGCCCUUGGACAACGAUCGCGUCGCAUUGCCCAACGCCCCACAAGCCGACCAGCCGCAAGGCGAGGCUCGAGGUGAUCAAUUCAAAGAAGAGUCACAAGCCGAGCAACCGAAAGUAGACGGAGAGCAGGCCGAGCAACAAGCGACAGGAGUGGGAUCCACAGAAAACCAUGACCAACAACAAUUGCCAGCCGCGUGGCCGAUCGAUGGCAUGCCGCCUCCGCGCGAAGCCCAAGAUCCGACGAUUGAAGCGCCGCAAUUAGAGCAUUUGCAGCAAGAGGCCCUUGGCAACGAUUUGAAGUCGCCGCUCGAAUCUGAUCAACAGCUCAAACACAACAACCUCGACGAAACGACGCCCGAAGACUCUUCUAGCGCAGAUAACCAACCGCCGCAAAUUGAACCUGCUGAACUACUGCCAAAGAAUCCUGCAGGCGUCGACCAGCAGAGCGACGACCAGCAAAUCGAAGGCCUGCAGGGCGAAGAGCUUGCCCAGCACGAGCCACUCACACCCACUGUGAAAAUCUCGUCAAAGCUGACACCUCAAGUUCCGCCCAGCUAUCUUGUGCCCUUGCUGGCUUCGCAAGACCCUCGCUCGGAGCUGCUGGCGAGCAUGAUUGUCGCACGCCGGCUCGAACGCACUCUCGCCCUUCCUCCUCAGUGGCAGCUGGCUGCGCCUGCGGGCUCGGUCUUGCCUCGGCAUGCAGGUUUGUCCGCUGCGUAUGCCUCGUUUCCGUUCGAAACCCUGUUCGAUGUCAAGCACCUCAAUGAGUUUGUCGAGACUGUGGCCUUCGAGACCUUCCGCAGCGAGUUUGAUACGUUGCCGGACGACCCUGCCAUCGCCAGCAGCGAGCUUUGCUUUGUUUCGCUUGAUCCGGAACCCGCAAUGAGUCCUCUGUUUACCCCUGGCUUUUUCGGAGACAAUGUCGGACAGUUCAGCCCGAUUCGCACUCUGGCCUUGCCUGUGACGGAAGAAACGUCCGCAGACGACCUGCGCCAACUGCUUUCUAGCGACCCCAUUGCCUGCCAGCGGUCGUUCGAGACUGGCAUGCUGCCUGCAGGAACGGACUGCUCUGCCGUCGUUUCGUGCUUGAGCUCGCGCUUCCUCGCGGUGCACUUCCCGUCAACCCCGCUUUCGUACUUGCUAUCUCCUUCUGUCGAGGAUGACGUCAAGGAUGGACAUGACGCCCUGCGCGUAGCCGCCUUUUUGCGCCCGUCCAAACAUGUCUCGCGCUUGGCCGACGCGGUCGAGCUUCUGUUUGAAGACAGCCUCAUCUGUGUCCACGCCCAUGCCGAACUCGAUUCUGCCAACCUUCAAUGCCCGGAGAAUGCUGCUGGUGCCGGAUCCCUUGAAAAGUGCCGGAUGCUGCCUUCGCCGAAUGCCGCAAGCGUCUCGGCUGAACUCGGCAAAGCGAUUGAUCGCUCCAACGCUUCGCACAUUGUUCUCGUGAGCAACAUGCCCAACGGGCAUCCGGAUGUGCAGAUCUGGCGAGACAGCUUGCCCCUCGUGCGGCUUCCCGAUCUCGCUGCUGGUAUUGCCUUGAACGGCCCUCCCGCCAGUUUACUUGACCUGCUGCAACUGCACCAACCGGCGGCAGCGAUUUCGCAUCCAACCCUCAAGCACAGCUCGACCGCCGAUCUCCUCGCUGAUCUAGCAUCCGUGGAUGCGGCGGAUGUUCGCGUGCUCGCCAAGCAAGCCGCAACGUGGAGCGAGUUGUUGGCUGAGGAUCACGAUCUCACGUUCUUCAAGCAACCGCUGGUCAUGUGGGAGGUCGAGCGUGAGCUUUGCAACCGCGCUCCAGUCUUCUACGCCACCAAAGAUGUUGCUUGGUCGGAGCAAGUCGCCUUGGCCCGCAUGGCUCGGCAGGCCAAGACGAUCCAGCUCGAUUUGUAA